AUGGAGGCGCUGAGCAGUUGGACCUUGGCGCUGCUGCGCCUGCUGAGCGCCCUGCCCGGCAGCUGGGCGUGGACGCCGGCGCGCACGCCCUACUCGCUGGCCCACAGCUACUUGGACGCGGCGCAGCGGCCGCUCUGGAUACUCGAGGACGAGCUGAUGAGGCGCCAGGCCAGGCAGGACUCGGACUAUGCCACCAGCACGCGCGCCACAAUAAUGCGACGCGCCCAGCGUGGCCAGCGUGUCCAGCGUCGGCAGCAGCGCCAGCAUCUGCCCACAGCGAUCACAAUACGCGUCCGGCCCGACUCAGCCGAGGAGGUGGAGCGUCUGGUGGCGCCGCCGCUGGCCAGACCCUCGUUAGCCCAGCGCCACUAUGUGCUGCCGCAUCGCGUCCAGCUGCCGAGCCACUACGUCCAGCAGCUGGGACAGACCACCUCCCGGCCGCAGCCGCAGUCGAAGCCGAAGCCGGCGCAGCGACGCCGCCAGCCGCAGUCGCUGCCCAUUUUCGACAGCGCGCCCGGCGACAAUGCUCUGCCCACCGCCAGCUACCCGAUCUUCGUCUACAAUGGCACCCGCGGGGAGCUGCUGCUCAACACGAUGCUGAGCGCUCAGCGCUACCCCAUGCAGGAGCCGGUGCCCGGGCAGGUGCUCUACCCGCCCUCGACGCCCAUGUUCCGGCCCAAGCCGAUUGUGGAGCGGCUGCGCCUGCCUGGCCAGCGGGAGCUGCUCAAUCUGACGCUGAUUCCCUUCUAUGCGCACGAGGCCAUCACCAUGCCACCGCAGACAAUGGCCACAGCCGCACCGCUCGCACCGACCACGCCCAUGACGAUGCCCUACGAGACGCAGCUGCCGCGCAGCAAGCACAAGCGGAAGGCCAAGAAGGCGAAGCAGUACAGCGCCUAUCACUCGCCCCAGGAGGUGGUGCAGUGGCAGCCAAAGCUGCGCAGCUCGCGCCCACUGGAGCCACCAGACAAUCAUCGGCACUACAUGGUGGCAACCACCGACAGCACGCUCACCGCGCCACCGGAGCAACAGCAUCUCGAGCAGCUCGAGCAGCUGGAGGCUGAGAUUGAAGAUCCCGUCAGUCAGGAGCUGGAACUGGCAGCGCCCUCGGAGGCGGCACUGCUCGAGGAGACACACACGAGCACCGUCAGCGGCGCCGGGAGUUCUGCUUCUUCCUUCCAGAUCGUCUACGUGGAUGAGAGCAUGGAGGCACCGUACGACUCGCUGGCCAGCACCACCGAGGCGCCGCCGCUGCAGCGGCAGAGCUCGCGCUACGCCCUGAAGCGGGAGUACUUUGCCUUUCCCGUCUACACGCUGGGCAAGCUGCUGCGCAGUCCCAAGCCCCAGAGAUCGUCGAGUAUUCAGCUCGACUGCUCCGGCUCCGGUUCCGGUUCCGACUGCCUGGACCACGAGGAUAACACCUGGUUCAUUCUGAACUCCCGAUACAAAGGGCGCCAUCGCAAUGACCAGGGCAAGGAUCAGGUCAAGUAUUACACAUCCAAGUACGUGCAGAAUCCGCCCCGCUAGCUGGAUGCCACCCACUUCUGCCAGUAAUCUCU